CUGAAGCUCCCGGUCACUCGCCCGGAGGAGGGAGGCCGGGAAGGUCCGUCAUUCUCGCCGCUCUGCGGGCGCAAAGGGUGCCUGUGCAGUCCCCUCCUCUUGCUUUUAUCCCAGCCCCGGAGCAGGAGCCGCCGCCGCCCCCUAUCCCUUCCUGCGCUCUUCCCACCAUGAGCGGGGCUGUUUUCACCUUAUAAAGAUGGCGGUGUGGGAUCGCUGCAACCUUUAGACUAAUGACUGUCAGAAACAUCGCCUCCAUCUGUAAUAUGGGCACCAAUGCCUCUGCUCUGGAAAAAGACAUUGGCCCAGAGCAGUUUCCAAUCAAUGAGCACUACUUUGGAUUGGUCAAUUUUGGGAACACCUGCUACUGUAACUCUGUGCUGCAGGCAUUGUACUUUUGCCGCCCAUUUCGGGAAAAUGUAUUAUCAUACAAGGCCCAACAGAAAAAGAAGGAAAACCUCUUGACUUGCCUGGCAGAUCUUUUCCACAGUAUUGCUACUCAGAAGAAAAAAGUUGGAGUUAUUCCACCAAAGAAGUUCAUAUCAAGGUUACGAAAAGAGAAUGAUCUCUUUGACAACUACAUGCAGCAGGAUGCACAUGAGUUUUUAAAUUACCUGCUCAACACCAUUGCAGACAUUUUGCAGGAGGAGAAGAAACAGGAAAAGCAAAAUGGGAAACUGAAAAAUGGCAACAUGAAUGAAGCUGAAGAGAACAAUAAACAAGAACUGACCUGGGUGCAUGAGAUUUUUCAGGGAACACUGACUAACGAAACUAGAUGUUUGAACUGUGAAACCGUUAGUAGCAAAGAUGAAGAUUUUCUUGACCUUUCUGUUGAUGUGGAGCAGAACACAUCGAUUACACACUGUCUAAGAGACUUCAGUAACACAGAGACACUAUGUAGUGAACAGAAAUACUACUGUGAAACUUGCUGCAGUAAACAAGAGGCACAGAAGAGGAUGAGAGUAAAAAAACUGCCAAUGAUUCUUGCCUUACACCUCAAGCGAUUCAAGUACAUGGAGCAGCUGCACAGGUACACGAAGCUGUCCUACCGGGUCGUGUUUCCCCUGGAGCUGCGGCUCUUCAACACCUCCGGCGACGCCGUCAACCUGGAUCGCAUGUACGACUUGGUGGCUGUAGUUGUUCACUGUGGAAGUGGACCUAAUCGAGGGCAUUACAUUACUAUUGUGAAAAGUCAUGGAUUUUGGCUCUUGUUUGAUGAUGACAUUGUAGAGAAAAUAGAUGCUCAAGCUAUUGAAGAAUUCUACGGUCUGACCUCUGAUAUAUCAAAAAAUUCAGAGUCUGGCUAUAUUUUAUUCUACCAGUCAAGAGAGUGACUUGGCAAACCGUGGUGACUGCGCACAAGGAUGCUGCACGCAAAGGAAGGCACCAGCUCCCCCGAAGUGACUUUUACACAGCCCACAUCUUGGAUGGUUGAACAACAAUACACUGUCUCCUGUUCCAUGGUUUAUGUGAUGCUGACUGUAACCGUCCAUUCUUGACAUUCAGAACUUUGUUUUGGGGGGGGGUGGGUUGUUUGUAGUUUUUAAGUCUGAUUGAAGAGCUAAUUGAAGUCAGAUUUUAGUGGAAUUUAUAUGGACUAACAUUUACAGAUAAUAAGAUUUGGAUGUCAACUGUUAAACCCAAUCCAGCUAGAGUAGUAUUUUAUAUGAAAGUGUUCAUUACAUUUAGGACAAAAUCAUUUAAAACUUUCUAGAUGGUUUUGGAGUGUGUUGAUUUACGAAGCAUUCCUUUAAAUACAUCCUGACAUAUACUUACCCCUUUUAAGUGUAAGGAAAAGAAUCAGUUUCAUGUUUAUUUGAGUUGUGGUUGUAUAGGGGAUUUUUUUACAUGUUACUCUGCUGCAGAAAAGAUAUUCUUCCAAAAUAAUUUCAAUUUUGAUUGUUAAAAACUUUCAGAGUGUAACCACAGACCUAAAAUUCACAUAGAGGGAUUUAAAUUACACUGGAACUAAGUAAUUCUGUAUGUUCAGCCACUUUGUCAUGAGAUAGUACAGAUGAGGUGAGAUUUCAGAAUUUACAGAGCACUGGAAUAAAGGGAGUAAGAUCGCACAUAUGAUACAGAGAUAAGUUGCUUUUAAAAAGAUUGAGCUUGCAUUUUUGUUAAAAUUAUAUAGAUUGUUUACUUGGAUUGUGUUGUGAUUGCAACACUGCUCACAUGUAACAUAUCCAUCAGGACUGAAAUUAUCCAGUCCAUUUAAAUAAGCAUUGUUUGUACAUAUGACACAACUUGAUCCUGCAAUUUUCUAAAUAUCUGUAGGUCCCAUUUUCAUUUCUCAAGACAGAGUCAAUUUCUUAGAAACAUGAUACAUAGCAACCACUAGUGUACAUGCUAUCAUGUAUAUAUCAUCCUUAACAUUUUGGUCAUAUUUGACAGAGUUUUGUCACCACAGAAACAGAUAGGGAUCUGGAGUGCUUGAUUUCAAAAUUAGUACAAAAGACUAAGUUUGUAAUUUUUCUGGAUUAAUUUGGCUGGCACGUGUCAUGCACUGGCUAAUAAAAUUUCUGAAUUCACCUGAA